AUGUCAUCUGAUGAAAAGAAAGAGGAGCCUUUGACUCCCAUUGCCUUUAGUGCCGGUCAGGUCGACGAAAGAGCCCAUGAUGCCGUCUUCGGCACAAUCACGGAUGAUGGCCCAAACUAUCGCAGUGUCGGUUGGCUAGGCACGUCUGUGCUCAUGAUGAAAACACAAAUAGGUCUCGGUGUCCUUUCUAUCCCCGUGGCUUUCGAUGCACUGGGUGUAGUCCCCGGCGUGAUUUGCCUCUGUGCCAUUGCCGCAAUUACAACGUGGUCCGACUAUAUAAUCGGCGUCUUUAAACUAAACCACCGCGAGGUGUACGGUAUUGACGAUGUCGGCGAUCUUUUCUUUGGUAGGGUUGGCCGAGUCAUUUUUGGAGGUGCCUUUAUUCUCUGGUGGAUCUUUGUUGCCGGCUCUGGCAUGCUCAGCGUCUCUAUUGGCCUCAACGCAGUUUCCUCCCAUGCCACCUGCACCGCUGUCUAUGUCGCUGUCGCCGCCAUCGUCGCAUUUCUGUUCGGCAGUAUUCAGACACUAGGGCGUAUCUCAUGGCUCGCGUGGCUAGGACUGUUUUGCAUUCUAACUUCGAGUGAUAUCGCCGUCGGUAUCCAAGGCCGCCCUUCUGCCGCACCAAUAGACACUGUCUGGGUCCCCGAUUACAGAAUUUUGAACAGGGAUGUAUCAUUCACUGAUGCCAUCACUGCAAUCUCAACCCUCAUCUUUGCUUAUGCUGGCACCCCAGCAUUCUUCUCCAUUGCAUCUGAGAUGCGCGACCCUAGCCAUUACAACCGUGCCCUGAUUCUUUGCCAAUCUGUGGUCACUGGAUUCUACCUCGCUAUCGGCAUCGUUAUAUACUAUUUCUGCGGAUCGUACGUCUCGUCUCCUGCACUCGGGUCGGCUGGCCCGACCGUGAAGAUUGUCAGUUAUGGCUUCGCGCUGCCGGGGUUGGUCGCCAGUACACUACUUUUCAUCCAUAUCACGGCGAAAUACAUUUUCAUCCGUAUUCUCGGUGGUUCCCGGCAUUUGGUAGCCAAUACUGUUAUCCACUGGACCGUCUGGCUCGGCUGUACCUUGGGCACAACGGUAAUUGCUUAUAUUAUAGCUAGUGCUAUUCCAGUAUUUAGUGAUCUUGUAUCACUUGUUGGUGCCUUGCUCGGAACGCCUAUGUGUUUCCAGCCGAUGGCCGGCAUGUGGCUGUACGACAACUGGAACAAGGGCAAGAGUUACCGAAGCACUAAGUGGAUAAUGAUGGUUGGGUGGUGUGCUUUCAUCAUGGUAGCUGGAACGUUUUUGAUGAUUGGGGGCACAUAUGGGUCUAUUGUCACUAUCAUUCAUAGUUAUAAGAAGUCUGGGGGUUCAGCUGCGUGGUCUUGCGCUGACAACUCAAGCUCGUAG